CAUCUAAUCGUCAACGCUAAAAACAGCAGAAUUUAAUAAACUGCCAUUUUUUAAAUUAAAUAUGUCUAAAAAUCCUUGCAAAAAAGGCUGAGCGCAAGGCCAAAAUAUUAUUGUUACGAAUGAAAAUUAAUACAUAUUUCGUUGUUAAAGUUCAGCCAAUAUUCUAACGAACAGUUUUUCGAUGUUCUAUAUCGUGUUAUUAGUAUGUUCUGUGGCUUUGAUGAGUCUCAGUUUCUGCAAUAUAAUUAAUGCAUUAACAUCCUGGGAAAAAUUGGAAAUAUUUCUAAGCAGUUCAGUGAUAUUUAUAGAAUUAUAUUGCGUUUUCCUGGGAAAUUAUGUUGGUCAGAACAUUAUAGAUAGCAGCACUGCCAUAUCUCAAGCGACAUAUAAUGCACAUUGGUACGCUGCGCCAUUAUGUAUGCAAAAGUUAAUACCACUCAUAAUACAAAGAAGUAACAAACACAGUGUUUUAACAAUUGGAGUUUUAUUUGACGCGUCGUUAGAAGGUUUUGCUACGCUUCUAAGUACGUCCAUAUCCUAUGUUAUCGUUCUUCAAUCCAUGGGAACACACACCGAAAGCAAAAAGAAGUAAUAAUUACGUUGUACUCGUAGGUAUCCGAGUCGUAGGUCUAGGAUAUGUACAGUACAUUUUACAUGUGCUAUUCCACAUAUUCAUUAAUAAAUUAAAUCAAACUAAAUAAUAAUACAAUGCAUUUUUUAAAUUAUUGCUAUUGUGUCAUAGAUUAAGACAUAUUUUUGGAUUACUUUUUAUCUUCCUUUUCCAUUAUAAACAUAUCUUUCUAAUAUAAUUUCCCUUUUUCGGUGCACACAUUUAAUAUAAUUUACUUUUAUAUUUUUUCAAUAUAACAUAAUAUGAUAAAGCACUAAAUAUAUAAUACAUAAAACUUAAUGCCGCCUUCAUGAUUCAACACUUCAAUAGCCUGAGCGCAAAUAAAGGCUCACUAGCAAUCCUUGAGGAAAACUCAACAAGGCAACUGAAUGGGAAGAAGGUAUCUCAGAAGAGGAAGAACUACUUCCUGAGAAAUGGGGCCCAAUCAGGGUUACUCUAACCAAACCUCACAUUUCUUAUAGAGAGCGAAAGGUCGACUAACAUUUUUGCGAAGCGUCUUCGGAUACGGUACAUAAAUCCACAAAAUAUUUAAUCCUUUCAAAACAUUAGUCGUCUUCUUUCCGAGUGAACUUGCGGAACCGGAGAUCUGACAAAUUGGUGACCUCGACGUGAUAGAAAUACGCAACCUUAUGGAGUCAAUCAUCUCUUACAAGUAAUUAGUAUGUACUUCUUUGAGUAUAAGGACUCCCUAUGUCACUGUGCGGCAUUCGGGUGCGAAUUUACGCAUGAAUUACGCCAUAAACGACAGACAUACGUACGUGCGUGAGUACACUACACCCCUACGUGCGUCACGCACAGUUUCUCACACUUUCGCCGUACUCUAUAAGCGUCUUUGACAAUAUUCCCCACGCGCAUCAUUCAGCUGAAUGAUGAAAUUCUUCUAAUUAGACGAAUUGUUACACAACAUCUAUCGCGUUAACAGGAAUAAUAAAAGUACAACGUCUACCGACUGUAGAAGUAAUGGAAAUGUGCACUGCUGUGUGUGAACACACAUUGGAAAGGUAAUCAAUAUGUUUACUUCUUUAUACACGCACAAUGAAACAUGUAAUAAUCUGCACUCUCCACAAUUAUGCAAAACGUUCGUUGCAUUACUGCACCGUUAUAUCCAACUUUUUAAAUUCAUCAAUAGACAUGAAAUAUGAAAAGUGUUGCUAUUGUACGUAUGUAUGUAUAUUGUAAAGACGUUCUAUGAACUACACUAGAACGGAGUCGACGCGUGUAAUAAUAAAGUGGUGAGCAGGUACAAUAGUGAUGGUUACCAUAGUAAUAAAUGGGGGCACACCUGCACACAGGCACUAAGACGCACCACUUAGUAAUUUUUCGACGAGAAAAAUAACGGGCUAACAAUAAGACCAGACCAGAAUUCGAACCUGCACUGAAAAAAAUUUCUGGUUGAAUAUGGACGAAUCAGAUAA